CCAAUGACUCCGAAGAAGAAGAAGAACUUAUUUCGAAAUCUCUCAGCUGAAGAAAGACGUGACGUCACUGAAGACAAAACUGAUGGAGAGAGACGACAGGUUACAGUAAUCUCUCAGCUGAAGAAAGAGGUGACGUCACUGAAGACAAAACUGAUGGAGAGAGACGACAGGUUACAGGAGCUGGAAAAUGUUUCCUGUCAAUCUUCAGUGUGUGUGACUGAUGGGACCUCCACAGAAUGUCAGGAUUCAGUGUGGAGCGGCAGAGAUCAGUCCACACCACAGCGACUGCUGGACAAACUCUCUGAACAGAGAUCCAGAGACACACAGGACUCACAGCUCACUUUACUCUGUUCUACUGAUGGUAAUCAGGGUGAUCAAACCUCCACAGAGUCUCUGACUUCUGUCUGUAACGCUGGAGAACAGCAGAUGCUGCAGACACCAGUGAAGAUUGAAGUGAAGCUGGAGGAGAUAAAAGAAGAAAACACAGAAGAGGAACAACACAAUUAUGAUGAUGAUGAUCAAACCUCCACAGAGUCUCUGAAGAUGAAGAUUUGUUCAGUAAAGCUGCUGGACUGCAGGAAACUGAUGAAGAUGAGAGGAGAAACCACAGCAGAGGAACAACAGAGUGAUGAAGAUGAUGAUGAUGUGAAGACUGAAUUGAAGAUGGAGGAGAUAAAACAAGAAAACACAGAAGAGGAAAAACAUAGAAAGGAUGCUGAUUUGAUUUCUUCAGAUCUGAUGGAAUUAAAAGAGGAAAGUCAAGAGCUGAAUGAAGUGGAGGAGAAACCUCAGUAUCAGAGUGGCUCAAAGACUAAGAAGAAUUUCUCACCAAAAAAGCCUCAAAGGAGAACAGCCAAAAAUACUUUCACCUGCUCUCAGUGUGGAAAGAGUUUCACAUGUAUGAGUCAUCUUAAUAGACACACAAGAGUUCACACAGGAGAAAGACCAUACAAGUGCAAUCAGUGUGGAAAAAGUUUUUCAUCUUUAUACUAUAUCAAGGAUCAUCUUCGCUUUCACUCUGGAGAAAAAACAUUUGAAUGUGAUCAGUGUGGUAAAACAUUUGUUUUGAAUUCAGUCCUAAAACAACAUCUGAAAACACACAAAAAUGAGAAGCCUUUCAAGUGUUCUUUUUGUGGAAAGAGUUUUGCAUGCCUGUCCAAUUUAAAAGAGCACCAGACAAUACAUAUUGGUGAGAGCGCUCAUAUGUGCACUGAAUGUGGGAAGAUCUUUACAAAAGCCAGCAACUUGAAACAGCACCAAAGAAUUCAUACUGGAGAAAAACCUUACAAGUGCUCACACUGUGGAAAGAGUUUCACUUUGUCACAAGACCUGAAAAAACACAAGAGAAUCCAUACUGGAGAAAAACCAUACAUUUGCUCAUACUGUGGAAAGAGUUUCACUCUGUCACAAAACCUGAAAAAACAUGAGAGAAUCCAUACUGGAGAGAAAACGUAUAAGUGCUCACACUGUGGAAAGAGUUUCACUCAGUCACAAACUCUAAAAACACAUGAGAGAAUCCAUACUGGAGAAAAACCUUACAAGUGCUCACACUGUGGAAAGAGUUUCUCUCAGUCACAAGACCUGAAAAAACACGAGAGAAUUCAUACUGGAGAAAAACCUUACAUUUGCUCACACUGUGGAAAGAGUUUCACUCUGUCACAAAACCUGAAAACACACGAGAGAAUUCAUACUGGAGAGAAACCAUACCACUUCUCUUCACGUGGUAAAAGAUUAAGAGCAGCAAGUGAUUUAUGGAAACAUGUAAAAAAUAAUUGCCAAUGUAGUCACAGUGAGCAAAAAUCAUCUUCAGGUCCAUCAAGAUUAAAUGAAAGAAGAAUUGAGCGCUCAGUCGAUACAUGUUCAAUGUGUUUAUCUUCAUUUCUGAAGAAAGAGGUGACGUCACUGAAGACAAAACUGAUGGAGAGAGACGACAGGUUACAGGAGCUGGAAAAGGUUUCCUGUCAAUCUUCAGUGUGUGUGACUGAUGGGACCUCCACAGAAUGUCAGGAUUCAGUGUGGAGCGGCAGAGAUCAGUCCACACCACAGCGACUGCUGGACAAACUCUCUGAACAGAGAUCCAGAGACACACAGGACUCACAGCUCACUUUACUCUGUUCUACUGACGGUAAUCAGGGUGAUCAAACCUCCACAGAGUCUCUAAAUACUUACUGUAAUGCUGGAGAACAGCAGAUGCUGCAGAUACCAGUGAAGAUUGAAGUGAAUCAGGAGGAGAUAAAAGAAGAAAACACAGCAAUGGAACAACAGGGAGAUAAAGAUGAUGAUGAUGAUCAAACCUCCACAGAGUCUCUGACUUCUGUCUGUAACGCUGGAGAACAGCAGAUGCUGCAGAUACCAGUGAAGAUGGAAGUGAAGCUGGAGGAGAUAAAAGAAGAAAACACAGCAGAGGAACAAUGGAGAGAAGAUGAUGAUCAAACCUCCACAGAGUCUCUGACUUCUGUCUGUAAUGCUGGAGAACUGCAGAUGCUGCAGACAUCAGCGGAGAUUGAAGUGAAGCUGGAAGAGAUAAUAGAAGAAAACACAGCAGAGGAACAACAUAGUAAUGAUGAUAAUUAUGAUGAUAAUCAAACCUCUACAGCGUGUCUGAUUUCUGUCUGUAACGAUGGAGAACAGCAGAUGCUGCAGAUACCAUUGAAGAUGACGAUGUGUUCAGUGAAGCUUCUGGACUGCAGGAACCUGAUGAAGAUGAGAGGAGAAACCACAGCAGAGAAGCAACUGUGUGAUGAUGAUGAUGAUUUUAUUCCUUUUGGAGAAAAACCUUACAAGUGCUCACACUGUGGAAAGCGUUUCAGUCAUGCACGAGACCUGAAAAAACAUGAGAGAAUUCACACUGGAGAAAAACCUUUCAAGUGCUCACACUGUGGGAAGAGUUUCACUCAGUCACAAAACCUGAAAAUACAUGAGAGAAUUCACACUGGAGAAAAACCUUACAAGUGCUCACACUGUGGAAAGAGUUUCACUCAGUCACAAAACCUGAAAAUACAUGAGAGAAUUCACACUGGAGAAAACCUUUACAAGUGCUCACACUGUGGAAAAAGUGUCACCCAUUCACGAGACCUGAAAAUACAUGAGAGAAUUCAUACUGGAGAAAAACCUUACAAGUGCUCACACUGUGAAAAGAGUUUCACUCAGUCGCAACACCUGAAAAUACAUGAGAGAAUUCACACUGGAGAAAACCCUUACAAGUGCUCACACUGUGGAAAGAUUUUCACUCAUUCACGAGACCUGAAAAUACAUGAGAGAAUUCAUACUGGAGAAAAACCUUACAAGUGCUCACACUGUGGAAAGAGUUUCACUCAGUCACAACACCUGAAAAGACAUGAGAGAAUUCACACUGGAGAAAACCCUUACAAGUGCUCACACUGUGAGAAGAGUUUUACUCAGUCACAAAACCUGAAAAAACACGAGAGAAUCCAUACUGGAAAAAACCCUUACAAGUGCUCACACUGUAGAGAGACAUUUAUGCAUUUGGCAGACACUUACAACCAAAACCAAACACUUACUUACCAAAGUGACUUGCAGUGCACUUAUUACAGGGACAAUCCCCCUGGAGCAACCUGGAUUUAAGUGCAUUGUUUAAGGACACAAUGGUGGUGGCUGUGGGAAUCGAACUGUCAACCUCUAUAAUCUGCUUAUAAUAUACCUUCUGCUUACUAUUUCUGUGCUUUAGCCCACAAUGCCACCACCACUCCACAAACCCUGAAAAUACGAGAGAAUUCAUACUGGAGAAAAACCUUUCCAAUGCUCUUCAUGUGGUAAGAGGUCCAGCCAAUUAGGUAAUUAAAAUAAACAUGUAAAGAAUUGCCCAAGUAGUUUGUUAUAGUAACUAAGUUUCCAUCCAAGGAAUUUUAGCCAAAAAUGUUUAGUGCAUUGUAAAGGGAUUAAUGGAAAAGAUGAAGCAAGAACCAGCUUGACAAUAUCAAUAAUAGUUUAAUAAUAAACUGAACCGAAAAGACACAAACACACACAGGUUUCGGACAGCUGCCCAUAACCCUUUCUCUGUCGUACUGCCAUCUCAGGUCGGCCUUUAUCCCUCUCGAGGGCUUAAUUAGCCUGAUUAGGGGCAGGGUGUGCAAAAUCAUGACCCACCCUCUGCCCUGCCACGCUCUCUCAGGCCAGGGAGCCCCCGUCAUGACAUACACAUCAAAGUGCGUGUCUUCCACCCCAUCUGCCGGCAGAUCAUCCCCGUCUACCUGGAUGAGGGAGGGGACAAGGGGAGGGAAACAAAAAAAAAGUUUGUCUCACACUUUUGAAAAUACUUUCACUCAGCCACAAAACCUGAAAAUUAAUGAGAAAAAUAAAAUUCCCCCAUUUUAAUGAUGAUAAGAUAAAUAAUACAAUAUUUUGUUCAACUUUGAUUAUUUCAAGUGUAUAUUGACUUGCCUGCUGUGUGUUAACAUACUUCUGAUGUCAUUAUUA